UGGGUCCAUGGAAGAUUUUGCACAAAAGUUGUAUAGGAAAGCGGCUAAAGCAAGGACACAUGGAAAAAAACCCAGCCCAAAUAUUGGCUGUGUUGGCAAUUGUAUUGGCAAGAAAAGGAAAUGAAUGAACAGUAAUGCUUUGAGCUUUCUUGAUUGGUCUAGACUUUUGUGUGAGGUAAGACAUGAGAAAAUUGAGGGAGGCUAUCCAUUUUCAAAGUUUGAAAUUGUAGCCAAAAGAGUCAAAAAACAAAUUAGAUUGUGAGAGAGAGAGAGGAAGAGGGAGAGGUGAGAGGAGCUUCAUUUUCCUUCUUCUUUUAGGCUCUCUUUGUUCUCUCUUCCUGUGGCAGUGGUCUCUUCACAGACACACAGGUUUUCAUUCUUUAGGACAAAGUUUAGACCUUUGCAAGAGGUGUUUCUUUUUAGGUGGUGGGUUUCUAGUUUUGAAGAGGGCUCUGUUUUGGGAUUUGUUGUUUUUUAUUGGUGAUUUUGAGAAAAAUGAUAAGGUGGUGGAUAUCUGCUCUGCAAUUAACAGAGCUAUUUGUUAGUAUUGUAGUGCAUUUGCUAUAUGGCUUAUACAUAUUCAGCUCGGGUGUGGCUGGUGAUCUCUCGCAGACUUUGAACGAAUGGUUUUGCAAACCUAAUAUGAAUAUUGUGGUGAAAGAGGAGGAGCGUAGAGAGGCAUCACAAAAUACCACCAAUGGUGAUGACCUGCCUCCUAUUGUGUUGGUCCAUGGAAUCUUUGGAUUUGGCAAAGGGAGAUUAGGAGGCUUAUCCUAUUUUGCUGGGGCUGAAAAGAAAGAUGAGAAGGUUCUGGUGCCUGAUUUGGGGUCCCUAACCAGCAUAUACGAUAGGGCUCGCGAGUUGUUCUAUUAUUUGAAAGGUGGGCAAGUUGAUUAUGGUGAAGAACACAGCAAGGCCUGCGGGCACUCUCAAUUUGGACGGAUUUAUGAACAAGGACACUAUCCUGAAUGGGAUGAGGAUCACCCAAUUCAUUUUGUUGGGCAUUCUGCAGGAGCACAGGUUGUUCGAGUGCUGCAGCAAAUGCUUGCUGAUAAGGCUUUCAAGGGAUAUGAGAACACUUCUGAGAAUUGGGUACUAAGCCUCACAUCCUUAUCUGGAGCCUUCAAUGGGACCACAAGAACAUACUUCGAUGGGAUGCAGCCAGAAGAUGGAAGAACAUUGAAACCAAUAUGUCUGCUUCAGCUCCUGCGCCUAGGAGUGAUAAUCUAUGAUUGGCUUGACAUAGGCAUGCUGAAGGAUUAUUAUAAUUUUGGAUUUGAUCACUUUAACAUGUCAUGGAGAAAAAUGGGAAUUUUGGGUCUUCUUGAUUGCCUUUUAGGCAAUAGUGGUCCAUUUGCAACAGGAGAUUGGAUACUUCCUGAUCUUACAAUUCAAGGGUCUAUGAAACUCAACUCUCAUCUUCAAACCUUUCCAAAUACUUUCUAUUUCAGCUAUGCUACCAAGUGUACUACAAAAAUAAUGGGUGUCACAGUUCCUUCAAGCCUCCUUGGAAUCCAUCCAUUGUUUUUUAUAAGAGUGUUGCAGAUGAGCCAAUGGCGUUUUCCUCCAGAUGUCCCUCCCCCUUACAAAGGAUACAGGGACGAAGACUGGCAGGUAAAUGAUGGAGCUCUCAACACCAUAUCCACCACUCACCCUCGUAUCCCAAUCGAACAUCCGAGUUGUAACGUUGCAAACGAUUCUGAGUGUCUACCCUUGCAACCAGGAAUCUGGUACUACAAGACUAUGGAAGCAGAUCAUAUUCUUUUCAUUCUAAACAGGGAAAGAGCAGGAGCGCAGUUUGAUCUUAUAUAUGAUAGCAUCUUUGAACGUUGCAGAAAGCACGCAUUUAGGAAGACUCGACAAACCCUACCGAACCAAGCGGGCCCCCACCAAUAGUUUAGUGCAGUCACCAGACACAACUAGAAGAUUCAUAAAGAAAAAAGGGAAAAAAAGAAAAAAGAAAAGACUUGACAUAUAGUUUUGCUAGUCAAUUCUUUAAAUUUAUAACAAUUGCAGUAGUAGUAUUGUUUCCAUCUUUUCAAUUUUCAUUGUAAAUGCAAAUUUCAUCAAGAAAUUACUGUCCUGAGUAAUUGUCAACCCAGGCCUUCUUGAAAAUGCCCAUUGGCUGUUCUUCUGUACUCUUGUUUUGCUAUUUCUGCUCCUUCCCCCCACCCCAAAAGGUUUGCUAAAGAUGGCAACCGUAGUUUCUAUUUAGAACUCAGUGGACUAGCAGUGUUGCUGGGUUAGUUGCUUAGAUGCUAUCUUUUUCUUUUCUUUUUCA